UCUACUUCGCAAAGUACGAAUGCGAUCUUUGAGCGAAGGAUAAAAUCAUUCUGCGGACGACAAUCGAGCGUUCGACAGUCAGUAGCCCUGGCGAUCACUUUAAGCGGCAUGUUCGCGCCACUGAUCGUCAUUCUCGCGCUCCAAUACGGCGCCAAUGGAGCCGAGAAGUUCACUUCUCCUUGGCACUACAAGUGCGAUAGCGGCAUGUGCAAGAAGACACUGAUCACGAAAAAAGACAACAACCCGGUUUCUCUUGAAGUGUGCGAAUUGUUCUGCGGUACAGGUAAUCUGUGGCCGAUGCCGACAGGACAUAUAUCCAUCGGUCAAGUCACGGCACAGCUUAAUCCUGAGAAUAUUGCGCUCGCCGGAAUUUCCACUCAAUCGGCGGUGGGAAAUCUUCUUCAAAGGAACAUUGAUCGUAUAAAAGAGAAUGUGAAGAGGCUUAGUGGUUCCGUAUCUUUAAAAUCUUCAAAUUCUGAUGGGUCCAAUUUAGUGAUACGCUUUAAAGAAGGACUUAAUUUUAAUAACGUCAAGUUGACCUUAGAAACGGACGAAAGCUACAUUCUCCAAGUAUCUGCGAACGAUCGUCAGGUGGAAGCCCUUAUCACGGCGAAUACAUAUUUCGGAGCUCGACACGCAUUGGAGACCCUCAACCAACUGAUUGCCUAUAACGAAUUGGACUCUAAAAUUCAUAUAGCUAGCGAUAUAUAUAUCGCAGAUGGUCCAAAGUAUCCUUACCGUGGAAUCCUUUUGGACACUAGCCGAAACUAUGUCGACAAAAAGACGAUUCUGCGGACGAUCGACAGUAUGGCCGCGUCCAAACUGAAUACAUUCCACUGGCAUAUCACCGAUUCCCAAAGUUUCCCUUAUGUCAGUAGAACAUGGCCCAAUUUCGUCAAGUAUGGUAGCUACACGCCAAGGAAGAUCUAUACCUCUGAGACGAUCAGGGAGAUCGUCGAUUACGCCUUGGUUCGCGGAGUUAGGGUCCUGCCAGAAUUUGAUGCACCUGCGCAUGUUGGCGAAGGCUGGCAGUGGGUUGGUGACAAUGCGACAGUUUGCUUCAAAGCUGAGCCUUGGAUGAACUAUUGCGUAGAGCCGCCAUGCGGUCAAUUGAAUCCUACUAGUGAAAGUUUUUUUAGAGUGUACGAGGUCCUUGAAGGAAUUUAUAAGGAUAUGAUAGAAGAUUUUCAACAACCGGACAUCUUCCACAUGGGCGGUGACGAAGUAAACAUUAACUGCUGGCGAUCCCAAAAAAUUAUCACCGAUUGGAUGUUAAAGAAGGGAUGGAAUCUUAAAGAUAACAGCUUCUAUCUAUUGUGGGAUUAUUUCCAGAAGAAAGCUCUGGAAAAACUGAAGAUUGCCAAUGGUGGCAAGGAUAUUCCGGCUGUUUUGUGGACCAGCGGAUUGACGAAUGAAGAAAAUCUUAAACAUCUGGAUCCUAAGAAAUAUAUCAUUCAGAUUUGGACACUUGGCAAUGAUCCAACUAUCGGCCGGUUGUUGCAAAACAACUUUAAGAUUAUUUUCUCAAAUUAUGAUGCUAUGUAUCUUGAUUGUGGAUUUGGAGCUUGGAUAGGUGAAGGCAAUAAUUGGUGCUCGCCGUACAUUGGUUGGCAAAAGAUCUAUGAAAAUUCUCCGUUAGAGAUUAUCAAGAAGCAAGGAUACGGAAAUAAGAAGCAUCUUAUUCUAGGUGGAGAAGCAGCGCUUUGGACCGAACAGGCCGACAGCACGAAUAUUGAUAUGAAAUUGUGGCCAAGAUCGGCCGCGAUGGCUGAAAGAUUGUGGAGUGAGCCGAAUUCCAAAUGGCAUCAUGCCGAACACAGAAUGUUGAAGCAUCGCCAGAGACUCGUUGAACAAAACAUCAACGCGGACAGUUUGGAACCUGAGUGGUGCUUGCAAAAUCAAGGUUCGUGCUACGCGUAAACAAUAAACCUAUGAUAUGAAAAUUUGUAUCCGUUUUGCUUUUACGCAAUUUCAUUGUUUCUAUACAUCUGAUAUUAGACUAAACCAUGUUUUAAUCUUGUUGUCGUUUUACUUUUUCUUACAUUUUUUCCUUUCUUCGUCUUCGUAGAAACCUCAUUGACGUUUAACAAAAAGUUCAAAAGUUUCAUGUUACUUCAGUCGAUUGCAAUUACGAUGCAAAAAUUAUACUGCAUAAAAAUUAAAUUUUUCUUGAAAAACACAUAGUUUGUAUUUAAAA